CUUGAACCACCACUUCGAUUCAUCAAAUCCUCAAGUACAACGCGCUCAUAUCCUAGCUUUCUUUUCCACGCCUACUGCUUACAAUGGCUCGCCCGGUUGCAGCUCUUAUGGCUUCUUUGUUUCUCAUGUCGUUCAUUAUCGUCCUUCCGGGCGUCACAUCUUCGGUUCUACGCCUUCCUUCCAGCUCAUCAAGUGAAUCAAGAAAUUUCAAACGAGCACACUCACUCGGCGACUCUUACAACUUUGAUCCUCGCGACGGUUGGGCUACUUUCAACGCGACCGGUUUCCCUCAAAAUAGUACUACUCUUGAAACGCGAUCCAAUAAAGCAAAAUACAAGGAUACGAAGAAGAAUUUUACAGUCUCCAUUACCGAUACCCUCAAGGCCGUCAGUAAUUUUAUGAGUGUAAAAAUCACAUGGUAUACUGGUCACGAUCUACUGAACCCGAGCUGCUGGGCGAACACGGCAUGGACCCCGACGGAUGAGUCAUUUGUUGCAGCUUUGACCUUAGACGGCUGGGAGACUAAGCCCAAAUGUUUCGAUUUUCUCGAGCUUUGCAACGAGGACAAGAAAUGUGUCUACGUUAGGGUAGUUGAUUCAUGCGCUGGGUGCGCUGUCGGAUCGAAGCAUGUCGACCUCACACAGGCCGCGUUCAAGCAGCUCGCAGGCUUAGAGGUAGGUACUUUGAUCACCCAAAUGAGGAUUACCGACCCUCCUCAAAAAUCAGACUGGAAUGUGGCUUUGUGGGGACCACAAGUUUAAGUCGCGGUUUUUGUUACUUUCUUUCAGGUUUAGCUUUGCAUAACUAUUGUAGUUCUCGGU